CUCAUUAAAAUUCUAUGCAUACAAUGGCUUCUUCUUCUUCUUCUCCUCCAUCUCCACUUCCUUCUGAUGUAAUUUUCAAGAUAUUAACUCGAACAUCGUUGAAAACACUAGACACUUGCAAGGCUGUUAAUAAAGAAUGGAACGAUAUGAUUUUCGAAUCAAGUUUCAUGCCACAAUUUUGUGCAAGGAGUCAAAAUAUAUCAGGAUAUUUUGCCCAGACUCUGUCAUAUAACUACCAUGUAUCAGACUUCGUAUCAUUGGAAGGUUGUUCAGGGAAUAGUACUACAAGCCCGUUACAUCUUCCUAUUGAUGAACAAGUAAAGCCUCGACGUGAUUACUUCAUGGACAUGAGGAUCGUGGCCUCCACAAUGAAAGGGAUUCUAUGUUGUGUUAGAAGGGUAAAUCAUGACUAUAGAUUUCACAUCUGUAAGCCUAUCACUAAGCAAUGGGUGAAACUUCCUAAUCCAAAAACCCGUUAUGCUACCGUGAAAGUUGCUCUUAUUGUGCUGAGAUCAAAUCCCCUCCACUUCAAGAUUAUAAGGUUGUCGUCCCCUCGGACUACUAAUAAUCAUUAUAUGAAAAUGGGGCUCUAUUACAACCGUUGUGAGGUUUUUGAUUCAGAUUUUUGGGAGUGGAGGCGAGCAAAAGAUUUGUUGUUUCCUCAAUUUCCCCUGUUUGACAUGUUUGCACCAGCAGUGCAUGCAGGUGGUUUGAUUUAUUUCAAAGUAGAUGAUGGUCAGGUGAUGGCUCUAAACUAUAAUGGGGAAGAGGUUUUUCCAAGGUUUUGUCUUCCAAAUCCCAGUUUUGAUGGAUUCAAAGAUAGUUAUCAACGUCACCGGCUUGUGGAGUAUAAGGGGAAGCUUGGGUGUACUUGUUUGUCACCAAAAGGGAUGAAGCUUUGGGUUUUCGAGAAUGGAAAACAAGAUUGGGAGUUGAGUAAGGAAGUAGACAGUGAAACUAUAAAGGGGGUGGCAAAUUAUCCAAACCUUCAUGGGUUUUAUAAUGUAGACAUUGCUUUGAUGUCGGAUUACAACAGAGUUUUCUUCUACAAGCUGCAGGACAAGAGCUUUAACGUAGUGAAACUGAAGAAAUGUCAUAGUAUUAGAGAAAUCUUCCCUUUUCGAUCAGAUUUAGAGCCAAUGGAUCUUAGGAUUCCAGGAGCCAACAUUGUUUCCUCCACUAAACACCUCGAUCGUCCCUCUUGGAUUUCCUUAGUUAUUGUUUUCAUGUUCCUUUUCUGUAUUUUAUUGUUUUCUCAUGCAUGAGGCAGUUGUAAUGAUCUGCCAAUUCUGCUCAAAUGUAUGUUGAAAAUCAGAAGCUUGUCCUCAA